AUGGGUAUUUCUUCCAGCACCAUAGUGGUGAGUUCUGGCCAGUACAGCCGUGCUGGAAGUAGUCAGGAGCAGCGACCACCAUACCGGAAAUACCCAGUUUUAGUUCUAAUUUUCUGCUUGGUGCUGAAGCCAAGUGGAUUGGAUGCUUCGAUCAGCUAUAAGCCCAAUGUUGUCAUCUUAUUAGCUGAUGAUUUCGGCAUUGGAGAUCUAGGCUGCUAUGGAAAUACUACAGUGAGGACUCCUAAUAUUGAUCGGUUAGCAAAAGAAGGGAUAAAACUUAUUCAGCAUGUUGCUGCAGCUUCCCUUUGCACACCAAGCAGAACUGCUUUCUUAACUGGAAGAUAUGCAAUCCGAUCAGAAACAAACAAGGUCCAUUCCUCAUCUUGGUUUCUUUCUUGCAUGUUCAUACUCCUCUGGUUACUACAGAAAAUUUCAUUGGCAAGAGCAAUCAUGGAUUAUAUGGUGAUAAUGUAGAAGAGAUGGACUGGAUGGUGGGAAAAAUUUUGGAUACUCUUGAUAAAGAAAAUUUGAAAAACAGUACUCUGACAUAUUUUGCUUCUGACCAUGGUGGACACUUAGAGGCUUGGGAAGAAAAUAGUCAACGAGGUGGUUGGAAUGGUAUAUACAAAGGUGGAAAAGCCAUGGGAGGUUGGGAAGGAGGAAUCCGUGUUCCAGGAUUAUUUAGAUGGACAGGAGUGCUGCCAGAGGGCAAAGAGAUUGCUGUACCAACAAGCUUAAUGGACAUCUUUCCCACAUUGGUUCAAUUGGCUGGUGAAACAGUGCCACAAGACAGGGUAAUUGAUGGCCGGAAUUUGAUGCCUUUGUUGCAAGGAUUGGUUCAUCAUUCAGAGCACGAAUUUAUGUUUCAUUACUGUGGAAUAUACUUACAUGCAGUGCGAUGGUACGAGAAGGAGAGCGGAAAUGUGUGGAAAGCCCAUUAUGUGAGCCCUGUUUUCCAACCUGAAAGAUCUGGAGCCUGUUAUGUCAGUAAGUACUGUCCAUGUUCUGGAGAAGGGGUCACCCAUCAUGAUCCCCCUCUACUGUUUCAUCUCUCAAAAGACCCUUCAGAAGCCAAGCCUCUGUCAGCAGAUAGUGAACCACAAUUUCACACAAUUCUUGAGAGAAUGAACAAAGCUGUAGAAGAGCAUCGCAAAACUCUCACUCCUGUCCCACCACAGCUGUCUCUCUACAACGUCAUUUGGAAACCAUGGCUCCAGCCAUGCUGUGGGUCAUUUCCAUUUUGUUACUGUGACAAAGAAAAGAACAAUAUGUAAUAUGGUCAUCAUUUCUGAAGUUGUUUGUCUUUCGUGCUUUAUAGAAAAAGAAGCCCUCUAAAUAAUGUAGCACUCACUGGAUGAAAUAAAGAGGAGAGUUUAAAAUGUGUUGUGUUGCGAAGAAAAACUCCAUCUCAGGUUAGAUGUGGGUUUCAGUGUGAGUGUUUGCAUUUCCAGGAUUAAUGACAUAAAUAAGAAAAGCAGAUUGCCAAAGGUCGAAUGGAGAUGAAGAGCCUUUCUAAAGGGGGAAAAUGGAUAGAGAGCUCUUGAUGGAACUUGGCCAGUUCACUUUACUUUUUCAAGGGUAUAGAUAGGAUUUAGCCACCCACUCAAGUUACUAUUUUAGUACCAUUUCUACCAAUCUUUCUCUGCCUAGACAGACACCGUGUUCAGUUGGCUAUAAUCAUCCACCAGAUGAGCAAGUACAUCACUUCCUGUUCUUCCAGUUAGGUCCUGAUCUUCCUAUCAGGAUGCUUGCUUCUCCUUACUCUACUCUACUGCCUGCCAAAGGUUGCUUCUCCUUAUCACCUUCCUGCUUGCAGUACUAUUUCAGCUUUUGCCAGCCUGCCUGAUCCUUGUUUAUAUACUCAGAUUAAUUUGGUCUGGGGACAAAUAAGGCACCAAAUAAAUAAAUCCAUGGAUUACCUCCUAAUAUCUCUAAGGCAGGAUACCUCAUAUACGUAGAACAAAUGUAUGAUAAACACUGUUUUAUUUUAUUUAGAUAAAAAGCCUAUAGCUAUCCUUUUCAGCUCAAAUCACACAUGUUGCUUUUCAUAGUGUGUGCAUUUUCACAGUCUUUUUUAAACAUCAAAUGAAAAAUACCAUAAGGCUGGAUUUUGGAACAUAUUUUUCUUGUUUUUGUUUAAAUUUCACUGAAAUUCUACAUAUAAAAUAAACAUAAAAAUGCAAUACAUAAACAUGUAUAGAAACAAAUGUGUAAAUUCCAAACUCAAUACCUAACUUAAAAAUAUAUAGUGUACUUCCACAUUUCUCUUUCCUCAC